AUGACGAUCCAGCAGACCAUGUCCUUUCUCCUCCUCCUGGUCGUCAUCUCAGGCGGGGCUGGGCUUGCGGCCGGCGGCCCCUCCUCCGUCAUCGCGUCGACGUGCUCCGCCGUCGCCAAGGACACCGGCGCCAAGGCAGACUAUGACGACUGCGUGGGCAUGCUCUCCGCCUACCCGGAGGCUGCCUCCGCCGUCGACCUCCGCGGGGUAGCCAUCGCGGCGGCAGACCUCACGGCCGCCAACGUCACCAACAUGGAGGCCUUCAUCCAACAACUCAUCGGCAACCUCCAGAGCUGCCUCGUGGCAUACAAAGAGAUGAGCGAAACGGUGGCGGGCGGGAUCCAAGACCUCCGUGCCGGCCGCAUCGACGCGGGAGUGAACAAGCUAAGAUAUGCCGAAAACAUGCCGGAGCAGUGCUUUCUACCGUACGUGUAUGCGAAGAACCAGAGCCCCAUCGACAAGGAGAUAACUGCUACCAUGGAACUGGCUUCCACGGCUACCACUAUCGCGACACUACUGAAAGGCGCGCAUAGAGUCUGA